UUGAAUCGUCGUCUCGCUAUUCGGUUUCUCCAAUCAACAGUUUGUUUAAGUAACUGAUCUCGUUUUAAAACAAUGUCUGCACACGUUGUGCAGCGAGGUGGCGAUGUAAAAACUAUCGAUAAGGGCCUACGUAAUGUAUGGAAAUGGGAAUGGCUGGAGAAGGUAGUCAAUAGCGAGCAGAUUUCAAAGCAUAUACGCAAACUAAAUGUGAAAGGCGUUGCGUUGUGUCAACUCUGCAACAAACAAAUAAACUAUGCGGGGAGGGGUUGGAAGAGUUUGGAGCAGCAUCUAGUUAAGAAGCUACAUCGUGAUAACGCCAGAAUUCAAGAGUCCAACUACAGAUUGUCAAGUGCAUUUGGUGGUCCAAAAUCUUCACCUCAACUUCCAUAUGGGUUGAACCCAAUGUACAAAACUGUGGUUGCUGAGGAUAAGGUUACUGCUCCAAUAACACCCAUAAAUGAUCGAAUUGCUAAUGCUAAAGCAAUGGUGAUAGGAUUUGCAGCAGAACAUUCCUUGUCAUUCUCUCUAGUACCAAAUAUAAUUGAACUCGCCAAAGCACUGGCUAACGAUGGGAUAACUUUGGAUUCAUUAUCAAUGACUCGCACAACAGCCUCCUACUUAACAAGAUACGGAGUGGGAAAAACAUUCGAACAUUAUGUUGUAGAGAUGAUGAAGCAUACAAAAUUUUCUUUGAACAUGGAUGAAAGUACAAGCAACAACUUUCAGAGAGUAUUGACAAUUCUUGUUAGCUUUUACUGUCCUGUUAUGAAGCAAGUCAAAGUCUGUCAUUUUGGAUCUCUCUCUUGUGUAAAAUUUGACAGUGCAACUCUGUUUGGAGAAGUUGUUCAUCUGAUGGAGAGAAAUGAAAUUCCAUGGAACAAUAUGAUGUCAAUUUUGAUGGAUUCAUGCAACGUGAUGAGAGGUUCAAAGUCAGGACUAGAAACUCGAAUACAUAGGGAAAAAGCACCACAUCUUCUUGAUAUAGAUGGCGAUGUAUGUCAUCAUGUGCAUAAUGCUGCGAAGGCAUUUUGUAAACCAUUCAACAAUUUUAUCGAGUAGUUGUACAUUGACCUUUUCAAUGAGUUUAAAUGGUCAGCUGAUUUAAGAGAACUGUUGCAGGAAAUAUGUGUGAUAUGUAAUGUGAAGUACAGCAUGCCACAAAGAUAUAUCAGUCAUAGAUGGCUUUCUGUUUAUGAUGUAACGUUGGAUGCUUUGAGACUUUUGGACUGUCUUACUCUGUUUUAUUUCCCGUGGAUUUCUGAUUCAUUAUCAGAGAGGGCCAAGUAUCUACCAGUAACUGCAGAGAUAAUUCAACGACUUAAUGUAUCAGAGUCCUCAAGAAACAGACUGCAUGAAAUCAGAAGGUUUCUUGUUUCAACAUGACUCAAUUCAACUGACUAAUGAAAUAGGUAUUUAGAUUAAAUCCAUUGCAAAUACAAGAACUGUUGAAGAAAAAACUUACUAAAGAUGGAAGAGACAGGAAGUUGAGAAUAGUCGACAAACUAUUUCAUGAAAGGAAGCUUGCAAAAAUGAUAAUGGGACUCUAUUCAUCAGUUUUCCCCCUACUGAAGAGUUUUGUGAUACUUUUCGAGAUGAAAGAACCACUAAUUCACUUGUUACAUGAGGAGCAGGUCAAACUUUUCAAGGAAUUCUUGGUUUGUUACAUUAAGCCUGAUGUUGUUUUGGGGGCCACAACAUCAACAAAGUUGAAAAAACUGGAUAUUUCAAGUCAAAGCAGUCAAAUAAAUCCAGAAAGUAUGUUUCUUGGAGUGAAGGCACAGACAGUGGUCAGAAAAUCAGCCAAAAAGGAUUUUGUUGUGAAGGGCUUUCUGAAACAAGUUAGUGAAGCCUACACCCUCUGUGGUAAAGUGUUGCAGGAUAAGUUACCACUAAGCAACCCACUCCUUAAAUCAUUGGGGGCAAUCCAUCCAGAAGCUAGAGGCCAUGCCCAGACUUUGUCAUACAUGCAGAAGCUACCUACAUAUGCAACUACUGUACUUGAUGAAGCUGAGACACAGGAAUAUGACCAAGAAAUCAGAAAGUUUCAUAUUGACAACUCACUUCCAGAGAUGAAAGGAACCAGGAUAGAUCACUGGUGGGGAAAAGAUGAAGUUACCAAGAGCUAUCCAAAUCUGUCCAAAUUGGUACAAGCUAUACUUAGCUGUUUUCAUGGUCCUCAAGUGGAAUCAUCUUUCAACAUCAUGAAUGAUGUCAUAGACAACAAGUCAGGGAGAUUGAAUCUUGAGACCUACAGUGUCAUACAAACUAUUAAAUACAGACUGAGUGCAGAUGAAAAAACAGCCAUUCAAUUUUUUCAGAAGAAGGAUUACAUGCAUGAAAGUGUGGACAAAAUACUCUUCAAAAAUAUGAACAGUUCAAACAGAGAAUACAAAGCUGAUCUAGAGAAGAAAAGGGAUGAAAAGCUCUUAAAAAAGAGAGAAUUAGACAUUCGUGCUAAAAACACAAAUUCAAAGAGAAAGGCAAAAGAAUUAAUAGCAAAUGCAGCUAAGAAAGCUAGACUGGGCCAUUGUCAAAAUCUUAAAAAAUAAACAACUUCAGUGA